AUGAGGACUGGUGUCUCGGGAGACACCAACAGCCAGAGUCAAAUGAGGACUGGUGUCUUGGGAGACGCCAAGAGGCAGGGUCAAAUGAGGACUGGUGUCUUGGGAGACAACAACAACCAAGGGCAAAUGAGGACUGGUGUCUUGGGAGACGCCAAGAGCCAGGGUCAAAUGAGGACUGGUGUCUUGGGAGACACUAACAGCCAGGGUCAUAAGAGGACUGGUGUCUUGGGAGACAACAACAGCCAAGGUCAAAUGAGGACUGGUGUCUUGGGAGACACCAACAGCCAGAGUCAAAUGAGGACUGGUGUCUUGGGAGACACUAACAGCCAGGGUCAUAAGAGGACUGGUGUCUUGAGAGACGCCAAGAGCCAGGGUCAAAUGAGGACUGGUGUCUUGGGAGACAACAACAGCCAAGGUCAAAUGAGGACUGGUGUCUUGGGAGACGCCAAGAGCCAGGGUCAAAUGAGGACUGGUGUCUUGGGAGACACUAAAAGCCAGGGUCAAAUGAGGACUGGUGUCUUGGGAGACACCAACAGCCAGGGUCAAAUGAGGACUGGUGUCUUGGGAGACACUAACAGCCAGGGUCAUAAGAGGACUGGUGUCUUGGGAGACAAUAACAGCCAGGGUCAUAAGAGGACUGGUGUCUUUGAAGACACUAACAGCCAGGGUCAAAGGAGGACUGGUGUCUUGGGAGACACCAACAACCAAAGUCAAAUAAGGACUGGUGUCUUUGGAGACAACAACAACCAAGGGCAAAUGAGGACUGGUGUCUUGGGAGACAACAACAGCCAAGGUCAAAUGAGGACUGGUGUCUUGGGAGACACAAAACAGCCAGGGUCGAAAAAAGAGGACUGGUGUCUUGGGAGACACUAA